GCCCGUUCGAUUUGUAACCCACGAGCACAUCAUUGUGGGGUUGAAUUAUCAAUGAAGAGGCAAUACGAGCAUCUUUUACAAGUUAAUUAAUAUCCGUUGCCGCUCAGCAUCUCACAAAGAAUCCUCUCUUCCCCCUUCUCUGUGGCCAGAACAAGGCGACAUUCGCGGUGUAAUCAGCGGUUCAACAGUCCAACAGAAACCAGGUAGCGAGGUUCAGAAAGUCACAUCAUUCUUUACGAUGUCGUCACAAAAGGCAUGGGCUGUGGUUGCAGGCGUUGGACCUGGCACAGGUGCGAGUGUCGCUCGUCGAUUCGCCCAGACUUACUCCGUCGCCCUCCUUGCGCGAAACCCAGCCAACUAUGAGCCCCUGGUCAAAGAGAUCGAAGCCGCAGGCGGGAAAGCGAUUGGCAUCAGUACCGAUUGUUCCGACAGCAAGAGUGUCAAAAGUGCAUUUGAGCAGUUGAAGAAAGAGACCGGAGGAGCGUCACUGGCUGCGGCAAUCUACAACGUCGGAGGGAGAUUCGUUCGAAAGCCCUUCCUAGACUUGUCGGAGGAAGAAUUUGAGGCGGGGUGGGAAGCCAACGGACGGGGGGCCUUUCUGUUUUCGCAGGCUGUUUUGCCCCUACUGCUCAACACGGUAAACAGUUCACCAGAAUAUCCACCGACCCUCAUAUUUACUUCGGCAACGGCUGCGAUGAAGGGAUCCGCCAAUUGUUCGUCCUUUGCCACGGGUAAAUUCGCCAUGAGAGCAUUGGCACAGUCACUGGCGAGGGAAUUCGGACCAAAGGGCAUUCAUGUCUCUCACGCCAUUAUCGAUGGAGUCAUUGAUAUCGAGAGGACCAAGGACUACAAAUUUGACCAUCCUGAUGCAAAGAUCAAGCCCGAGGCGAUUGCCGACUCGUAUUGGUAUCUCCAUACCCAACCGAGGACUUGCUUCACGAAUGAGCUCGACAUCCGGCCGUAUGUCGAGAAGUGGUAGCCACCUACAGUACGCUCAGGCCAGCAUUAUUUGUACUCCAUAUACUUUUUCCUGAAAGGAAUGACAUUUUGCGAUGGCAGCAGAACCACCUCG